AUUUCAAAACCUCACUGCAAAGUACCUUUCCCUCCGCUCCCGGUCUUUCCAAAACCUCACAAAAACCCUAGAGGAAAUGUCAGGAGAUCUCCAAAUCCUCCGAUUCCCCCAAUCCAAAUCAAUCGACGCCGUCCGAUUCCUGUCUCCUCUCUCCGCCUUCUCCCGAUUCAUCGUCGCUGCCGUCCACGACCCCGAUACCGCCGGUUCCGCUAUCGAAAUCCACGCCCUAACCCCGCCAGAUCUCCACCUUCAAUCCUCAUGUCCUACUCCUUCAAGAAUCUCCUCCCUCCGUGCCUCCCAAACACCCCAGAAACCCGUCAUCGCUGCCGCCACCCUUGCGGGCUCCCUCCACUUUCUAUUCGCUGAUCCCGUCGAGGCGUCGCUCGAAUCAGAGCUCUCGCUCUCAGACAAAUCCUUCCAUGGAGGGCCCAUCUCAGCAAUUGAUCUGGAAGGGAGCGGGUGUGAAUGCGUCAGCGUCGGGGAGGACGGGAGGGUGAAUUUGGUGAAGGUUGGGGAGUCGAGGUUGAAUUGCGGUCUGGUCUCUGAUAGCCGGGGGUUAGUUUCAUACACGGCGGUCAGAUGGGGUUCGCCAACGGAGUUUGCAACGGGUGGUUUGGGGCAUACUGUUCAGUGGUGGGACCAGAGGAAGCCAGGUGGGCCAGUUUCACAAUUCAAGGGCAAUUGGACUCAAGGAAGCACAUCAGGAAUUGUACACUCCAUUGAUAUUCAUCCAUCACGAAAGCAUGUGUGUGUGGUUGGGGGUUCAUCUGGCACUCUAUUUGCAUGGGACCUACGCUGGCAACAACAGCCAAUCCUAUUAUCUGGAGUUGGAGUGGAUGAAACAACUCAUGCAGCUUCUGAAAGUGAGGUCUGGGAGGUCCAAUACGAUAGUUUCAUGCAGUCUUCAAAUGCAGGAACAGCUUCAUCUGCAAGGAUUUUGCCUGUCAUGAUAUGUUCAGAAGAUGGGAUACUUGCAGUUCUUGAAAAAGGUGAGGAGCCCCUUGAUAUAUUAUCAGAGCCCUGUGCAAUCAAUGGCUUUGACAUUGAUCUGCAGAAUCCAUCUGACGUGAUCUGCUGUUUGGAAUGGGAAACCAUAGUCUUCAUAAUGAGACCGUAAUGUAAAAAUCUGGAACUGGUCUUUUUGUGGAAGCAGUGCAUUGGGUCCAAGGGCAUCAUUGGUUGCAAGUUAUCCACCGUAAGCAUGGCAUACCAUCCCAAAUCAUGGGGCUCAUUGAGGAUGGAGCUUAGAGUGAAAAUCACACUGCUUAGAUGAUGGUAGCAGUCCGACUGCUUACAUUUUCUCAUAACCUUCAGAUCCAUGGUCGCAAUCUGGACCGUGUGAUUCUGGGGUGAUUCUCCAGUCAUGUUGAUCCCCACAAUGUGGCAAGUCUUGAUUGGCUGGCAUGUGUGCCACAUGAAAGGCGGAUCGUUUCAAGCAACUUAGUGAGUUGCAACUUGUGGGAUUUCAGCCUUUCCGUGUAUGAAUCUACACCUCUGUACAAUCUGCAUUUGACAUAUUUGCAAGAACAGCGAAGCAUUUGGGUC